CGAGACUGAACACGCCUGGUAAUGGUAAAAUAUCCAUUCCCAUCCCUACAACAAUCCUAAUAUUGCGUGGAGCCACUCUUCAACGCUGUACCAGUUUGAAAGUCCUUACCUUUUCUCUCUAGAUUCAUAUUCUCUUCAUGGAUUUCAUGGAGAAGCUGAAAAUUUGGAAGAAAAAAACAGACAAAGAAUGUGAAAGCCCUCCUGUGUUGUGGUUCGAAACCUCUGUAUCUGUUUGUCGCCGCUUCCAGUUCGAACCCCAUGGCCAACUUUCCGUGACUACCAUUGGUGAUUCCCGGCCGUUAUACCACAAGAUAGUUGACUCAUUCCUGAAUAAAUUUUUCCCUUCAGGAUAUCCGUACAGUGUGAAUGAAGGUUACCUCAGAUACACACAGUUUCGAGCACUGCAACACACUGCCAGUGCAGCUCUAUCUGUGUUAUCGACUCAGUCACUGCUAUUUGCUGCAGGCUUGCGGCCCACCCCUGCACAAGCAACUGCCGUUAGUUGGAUUUUAAAGGAUGGCAUGCAACAUUUAGGGAAUCUCAUAUGCAGCAAUUUAGGUGCAAGAAUGGAUUCUGAGCCUAAACGUUGGAGAAUUUUAGCUGAUGUGCUCUAUGAUAUAGGCACUGGUUUGGAAGUGCUUUCUCCUUUAUGUCCUCAGCUCUUUCUUGAAAUGGCUGGCCUUGGAAAUUUUGCCAAGGGGAUGGCAGUUGUUGCAUCAAGAGCUACGAGAUUACCUAUAUAUUCUUCAUUCGCUAAAGAAGGAAACCUAAGUGACCUAUUUGCUAGAGGGGAAGCUAUUUCAACUCUCUUCAAUGUUGUUGGAAUUGGAGUUGGAAUUCAAUUAGCCUCGACUGUAUGUGCAUCAAUGCAGGGAAAGUUGGUUGUGGGGCCCCUACUAUCAUUUAUACACAUUUACAGCGUUACUGAAGAAAUGAGAGCUACUCCUGUCAAUACCUUGAAUCCACAAAGAACUGCAUUGAUUGUGGCUGAUUUUCUUAAGGCUGGAAACGUAUCAAGCCCAGCUGAUCUAAGAUAUCGAGAAGAUUUACUAUUUCCUCGGAAGCUAAUAGAAGAUGCUGGAAACGUAAGAGUGGGUAGGGCUUUGCACAAGGCAAUUAAGCCUUCAAAGCUUCUUGAAUCAAAACAAGUAUUCCCUGGGGAGAAGUUUCUUUUAAAUGGUGAUAAUAGGUGCAUUGAUAUGGUAUUGGAGAAAGAUGCUAUUGGUGAAGAUGCAUUGAGAGGGUGGCUGGUUGCUGCAUAUUCUGUACAAUUUGACAAGUCCUCUCAUGAUCUCAGUAACAGUACCCUGCUGCAGGCCUAUGAGAAAAUGAAUGAGGUGUUCCCUGUGUUUCUGAAAGAAUUAGAGUGCAAAGGGUGGCAUACAGAUCGUUUUCUGGAUGGAAGUGGGAGCCGCUUUGCAUUGUAGUGUUCAAAAUUUAAUACAGAUAGUGGCUUUACUUUACUACUUUCUUUUACCUAUUCUGCCAGAGUGGGUACAUUGAAUGCAUGCAUGCCCUUGGUUUGUAUGCAAA